AUGUCACAAAAAGAAGACGAACCGUCGUCUGUCGUCCACCAUGACGACGAUGCGGUCUCGUUGCAGCGCGACAGUAGUCCCGGUCCGCCCCUGGCCGACGAAACCGGACCCCGUCAUUUCACCUAUUGGGAUGUGCAAUUCAUUGUCUGUUUCGUUCCCAUCUCCUUUGGCUUCUAUGCUGCCAUGCUGGAAACAUCUCCUAGCUGGAACUUGCUUCUGGUUGACAUUCCGGCGGCUUUAGGCUUGAGUUCAUCUCUCAACUGGGCGUAUCCCACUCUGAUUCUCUUACAGACCUUCAGCUCCGUCCUCUUCGGCCGACUGUCAGAUCUGGUAGGUCGCCGAUGGAUUUUCGUCGCGGGAAAGCGACCUUGGCUGGCCGGGUUGAGCGUUCUGAUUGGUAUUGGCACCGGAGUGCAAAUUAUCGGUCCGUUUCUGGCAUUGGCGGAGAUCGUCCCUGUACGCCAUCGGUUCGUCGUGGUGGAAGCGUCCAUGUCGUUCCUUGCUCCUCUUUAUGCCAUGUAUCCUGCCAUUGCCGAGGCACUGUUCGAAAACACCGCGGAUAGCUGGCACUGGCCAUACUCCAUCAAUGCGAUUUUCUCCUUCGUGGCGACACUUGGGCUCUUGAUCUUCUAUCAUCCGCCCACAUAUCGAGAACUACACGACCGCCCAGAUGCUGAGCACCUCUUGAACAAAGAUUGGAAGGGGGCUCGUGGUACUGACAGCGCGUCUUUUGGCGCUUUGACGUACUUCCUUCUUUGGGGGAGGACAAUCUUUGGUUCGUUUGCAUUUCGGAUUAAUUUAGGAACGAGAAAGAAAUUGACCAAUAUAUCCAGAGUGGAAAAAGGCACAGAUGAUCACUCGGCUUGGUCUGCAGGCUUGGUUUCGGACUUCAUCCUGGCUGCGUUGGCCCUGAUCAAGCCCAAAUUUGUCAAGUGGCAUCUCUUCUCUGGGGUGACGGUCAACAUGGUCUUCCUCGCAGGAUUUGCUGCCUUCAACCCGACGAGAAAGCAGAUGGCUCUGGCUUUCUUGGCUCUCGCUGGCAUUGGCCAAGGCUACAGCAUGUUGAUCACCUACGUGACUGCGCCGAUGGCAGCUCACAGACGCGACAUGGGACUUGUGACCGGUCUUUUGUCAGGCAAUCGAAAUCUCCUUUACGCAGUUUUGCAAAGCGUAUUCAUGGCGAUUUUACCGGGGAUCCUUCGACACUCUCAAGGUCCCGAAAUGACCCUACCAAUGGCUGAGGCUAUUUUCGCGGCAAUGGGCAGAGCAGCUACCAACGCUUGGAAAUUCAUCUUUGAGCUUGCUAACAUCUACUUUAUAUCGUCGAUCAUCCUGGCGGCCUUUGCCGCUGACACCGACAAAUUCCUAUCAAUGGAAAUCUGA